AUGUUAGUUAGUCGAAAUCUAUUAGGAGUCGGAGUAUUAGGUGAUUCCAUAUAUGCUGUUGGUGGAUGUGACGGCCCCACUGCAUUAAAUAGUGUAGAGGUAUUUGAUGCGAGUAUUCAACAAUGGCGAAUGGUGUCUAGUAUUACAAAUGCAAGAAUGAAUUUCGGUGUUGGUGUACUCAAUAAUAAAUUAUAUGUGGUUGGAGGUGCUGAUAAAGAAAUCAGUCUGAAAUCUGUGGAAUGUUAUGAUCCCACUCUUGACACAUGGACAUCAGUGGUGGAAAUGUCUGUAUGCCGUUGUGGUGUUGGUGUAGGAGUUUUGGACGGUCUUAUGUAUGCUAUUGGUGGUUUUAAUGUAGAGUAUCUUAAAAGUGUUGAGGUGUACAGACCAAGUGAUGGAGUAUGGUCUUCUAUUGCCGAUAUGAAUUUGUGCCGAUUGAGGCCUGGAGUCGUCACAUUAGAUGGUUUAUUGUAUGUUAUGGGCGGAGAAACUGACAAAUCUAUGAUUGAUACUGUAGAAAUUUACAACCCAAUCACUAAUACUUGGACCAUAGAGAAGUUAUCAAGAACUGGAGUACAAAUUUACGGUGGAGUAGUCAUUGAUAGACCACCACAUUUUAAAACUAAUUAG